AUGGCCGAGCUGCUGGACCUGGGCGCGCGCAUAGGCGCCAGACUGGCACUCGCGUACGCUUGCUCUUCCCCGCAGCACCGCAAGGAUGGCCACGCCGAUUACGACACCACUGCUGUCUCACAUAGGGACGACCAUUGUUCCACCAGCAAUGCUGAUGCAGCGAUCAGUACCAGCACGGUAGUGUUGCCUAUAAUGGAUUUUGGUGAUGAAAACAGGAGCAAACGGGGCUCUGAUAUGGAAGCCAAGCACAAGGAGAGUAGAGUAAGAAAUGAGGUAAUGCGCACUUAUGCCAGGGUUAGAUCAAGCAGUGCUGCCGUUCAAACUGGAGAUGAGAGGUUGUUGAGGAAACGGGCAACACCUACUCGGUCGGAGGUUUCUGGGAUUACAGAGUCUAGGGGCUUGGCUGAUUCGACGCGCCUAGUUGGACACGCUCUGCCACUAGGAAGGUUGCACACGGUGGUUCUGGUCCAAGAAGAGAGUUCAUGGGAUCGAUCACUGGACAAGGGAGCAUGA